AGCCGGGUUCAGAUUUCAGCCAAGGCAAGAAGUAGAAGAAGAAAUAAAAACACUCGACGAGCACACGCCGGCACCUUUCUGCUUUCACGCAGAAAUAUACUUUAAAUGGCACACUUUGGCCGGAAAAGGAUCCCCUUUGUGGGAGGAGGAGUGGACCCUGGACGAGUUUGAGGAGGAGAAGAAGAAGGAGGGCAGCACUUUCUUCCUCCUUCGCUGGUGUACAAGAAUGGGUGCAGGAGCUCUGACCAUCUGUCACAACAAGGCGGCGGUGCAGGUGAAGGAGGACAUGAAAAGGAUGGUUCAGAUGCCCAUGCUGAGACCCAGGUCAGGUGGGGCCAAGCACACCAAGCUGUUUGGCGCGUCCCUGUUGGAGCUGCAGGACAAGGGGCUGAUGGAGGACGGCGUGCCUCUGGUGGUGAGGAGGAUGGUGGAGCAUCUACGCAAGAACGCUUUGCGGCAGGAGGGUCUGUUCAGGGUGAACGGCAACGUCCGCGCUGUGGAGGCCUUGAGACAGCGGCUGGAGAACGAAGAAGACGUGGACUUGAGCGACUCGGACAUAUGCACGGUGGCCAGCUUGCUUAAGAAGUACUUUAGGGACUUGCCUCAGGGCCUUGUGGACUCUGCCGUCCAAAAGGAGCUGAUACUUCACUAUCAAGAAUGCGGCGACGACGGCUCCUGCUCAGACCUGAGGGACCUGCUGAAGCAUCUUCCAGAUGUGCACCACAGCCUGCUGCGUUACUUGUGUCACUUCCUCACAAUGGUGGAGAGCAACCAAAAGGAGAACCGCAUGACCGCACACAACCUGGCCACUGUGUUUGGGCCCAGCGUCUUCCACGUGGCUGCCAGGAUCGAAGCCUUGAACGAUCAGAAUAUCUGCAACAAGAUCCUGGUGCGGCUCAUCCAGAACCACGACAGCAUAUUUGAGAUGGACAACAAAGAAGAAGAAGAAGAAGAAGAGAAACUGGCAGAUGUCGUUCUGGUCAAGGUUGUGACAAAUAUCCCAGAAGUUCAGCGCCAAGGCAGUGAUGCACGGCUUAGGAGAAGGAAGGUGAGGAAAGUGGUGAGUGGCGACGACGCCCACGUGCCCCCCCGGCCUCCGCGCCCGGCCCCGCCGCCUCAGGGGGAUCGGCCUCUCGCCGUACCGAUGGGGUUCCCCCCGGCACCGAGCACCAUCCCGGAGGUCAUGGAAACGACUCACACGCCUCACAGAGACACAACCGUGCCGGCAUGUUGCCAUGGCAACCUGGACGUCAGGUCCUCCAUGGUUGGCAAGGAGGCCCUCAGAAGCUCUCAAGACGACGCAAGACCCAUAUCGCCUUUCUACAUAAGUCCACUCUGCUCACCCGUGCUCCGCUCACCUGAAGUGGUCGACAUCCUGGACCGGACCAUACGUUCCACGGUGGAGCAGCACCUCUUCGACGUCGACGCUGGCCAGUCGACCCAGAGGCGGCCAUCUCCCAAGGAGGCUCUGACCGCCAGACAGCGGCGGCGUCAUCGUAGAGAGCAGCAAGAGGACGGCUCUAGUCCCAGGGAAAGAAGCAGGGCCGACACCAACAAGGAGAACAUCCCGUCGUCAGGAGGCGGCAGGAGAAGCGCGGGGGUGGAUACAGGCAACGGCGUCGGCGUUGGGGUGGACUCACAGGCCGGACAGAACGAUCUGUUGGUGCGGGUGCCUAAAGCCAGGAAGUGGAAACACAACCCAACGCCUGUGCAGCUCAACAUGGACGCCCACAAGGUUUGUGCUGAAAACAAAGUUUCGUUGUACUUGUGCAAUGACAAUAAAGACCUAUCCUAUCCUAUCCUAUCCUGGGGGUACUUGAAGGUAUGCCAAGGGGAGGCCGGUGGCGUGUUAGGAGCCCCUGAGAGAACCAGGUCCGACCACAUGGAGCCACCUAAGAAAAGGAAUCACGCGUCACGGAAAGAUGACAUUACUCCCACGCAGACGCUCAGGAUGAAGAUCCAGGAGUCGCCCGCCGUUCGCGACCCCAGGCUCGGCGGCGGGGGCGGGGAGGUGCGGGGCUCGGACCAAGAGCGGGACAAGGCGAGCUGCGAGGACGUGCCUCGGCUGGACCUGACCACGCGAGGCCAGGACAACGGCAACUGGGGAGAACCGGUACCGGCCUUCUCGUCCCUGCGGAGGGACAGCAUGGACCGUGAGGAGGCUCGUCUGUCGCCGCACGCCGGAGGUUUGCUGAUUCGCCAGCUCUUGCAGGAGGACAGCGACCCCAUGCUGUCCCCUCGCUUCUACGGCUACGGACAGUGCCAGCAGUAUCUGGACGACACCGAAGUGCCUCCGUCGCCGCCCAACGCCCACUCCUUCAGCAGUCGCAGGAGGAGUUCCUCGCUGGGUUCCUGUGACGACGACAAGGAGGAGCUGACCACCGCCCAGCUCACUAAGAGGAUCCACGUCCUCAAAAAGAAGAUCCACAGGUUCGAGGAGAAGUUUGAAGAUGAGCGAAAAUACAGGCCUUCCCACAGCGACAAGGCUGGGAACUCUGAGGUCCUCCGAUGGGUCAACGAACUGGCCAGGUUGCGCAAAGAACUAAAAGAACACAAGCUGAUGAAGUCCGAGGAGGACCUCCCGCCUCUGACCCGCCAGCGCAGCAACACGCUGCCCAAGAGCUUCGGCUCACAGCUGGAGAAGAAGACCCAGCAGGAGAAGGUGCCCAAGCCCCCCGUGGAGAGCACGCUGGAGGGCAUCCUGAAGAAGCUGCAAGAGAAGCGCGAGGAGGUCAACCGCCCUGAGGACAUCAAGGAUAUGACCCGGGAGCAGUUCGGAGCGGAGAAACUGGCUCUGCAGAAAGCUCUUCUCCACUACGAGAGCAUACAUGGGCGACCUGUGACCAAGAGCGAGAGGCAGAUCAUGAAGCCGCUGUACGACCGAUACCGGCUGGUCAAGCAGAUCCUGUGCAGAGCUUCCACCAUCCCCGUCAUCGGCUCGCCCUCCAGCAAGCGUCGAGGCCCCCUCCUCCAGCCCAUUAUCGAGGGCGAAACCGCACUCUUCUUCGACGACGUCAAGGAGGAAGAAGAGGGCUCCGAAGACGAGGGCGACGCCAAGACGCAGUUCUCCACGACCGCCAGGCCCGACCUGAACGUGCUCAACUUUCUGGGUCCCGCCGAGCAGGAAGUGGACGGUUUUAUUUCCCCCGUGGACGAACUUUGUCCUUCUGUCAACGCCACCACCGACAUGCGACUGUCCAACCUGCACUCGGCCACCACGCAAGAACUGGUGGAACAACUCCAGGAGGCCCGAGAAGAGAAGAAGAGAAUCCGCAAAACCCUCAAAGAAUUUGAAGAGCAGUUCUUUCGACAAAACGGAAGGACCAUCCAGAAGGAGGACCGUUCCCCGCUGGCAGUGGACUACAACGAGUACAAACACAUCAAAGCCAAGCUGAGGCUGCUGGAGGUCCUCAUCAGCAAAAGAGACGCCACCAAGUUGGUCUAAAAACUAAAAACUGGAUUUUUUUACCAUCUCCAAACUGCGGACGAAACCCUCAACAAUUACACUUUUAAUAAUAAUAAUAAUAAUAAUAAUAAUAAUAAUCCCCACUCGUUUUUCCUCUCCUUUUCAACAUAUUUCAACCACAAGAGGAACAUAUACGAAGUCUUCAAAUGAAGCCAUCACGUUCACUCAUUUGUUAGAUUUGUCGUAAAGAUAAUUUUACGACAAAUUUGUUCACAUUUAAUGUAAGAAAACUUCCUGGCUAAAAUGAUUUGGCUGCUGAGACAAAAGAGUACUCGGGGCUACAAAACACGAUAAUAGAACGUAUUAAAUCGAGAGAAUUUGCCAGACUAAAGUUGGUAUUGUGCAAAAAAUUUUAUUUUUACGCGAAAAAAUAUUUAAUAUCAAUCAAUAUUUAUUUAUAUAGCCCUAAAUCAGAAGUAGGGUUUAUAUAUAUAUAUAUAUAUAUA